AUGUUAACUUUAGAUGUCUUCUCUGAAGUUAUUCAACCAGCCGUUGAUCCAAAUGCAAAUUUUGCAGUGAAAAAAGAAGGAAAAAAUGUAGAAAUUUAUGUUUUAGAUAAAUGUCAUAGAAGUUUCGAUGGGACUUUUUUCAAACUCGAAAGGUUUAGAAAAAUAGUGAUAUUGAAAAAAGAACUUUCAUGUGACAAUCUUGUCGAAAUUGGAGAUCAGAGCGAACUUUAUAAUAUGCGUUUCUUCGUCAAUUUCCCCGAGAAUUACGUUGUUAAAAACAUAUACAGUGAUACUGAAAAGUGUACAAAAACGGAUGAACAACAAUAUUUAAAUUACGAAUUGAUAUCGCGAAAUUGUGUUGCAGUUGGAGAAUACUUCAGAAAAGUGACUCGAAUAGAUGACACUUAUGUAUUUGAAACUUAUUCAACCAACGAUUGUUCCGACUCUCCAAUAAAUCGCGAAAUAUAUGAAUAUGGCAAGUGUUCCAAUGGCGUCAUUUUUGCAGAUGCAAUUUUUGAAAGUGCAGUUGAUGAAAAUGCGAGUUAUGCGUCUGAAAUUUAUGAUCAUGAAACGCAUCAAAUGGUGUACUUUGAGCUUGGGAAAUAUUACAUUAUAAUGAUAUUACCGAAAUUUAUGAAGGAAACUCAUGUGACACUCUCUAUGAAACAGACAACCAAGAACCAGCGGGAACAUUUAAUUAUUUAG